UCUUCCUUCAGCUUUUACUCUACUUUUCUUCUCCCACUUCUACUUGUACCCUUUUCUCUACUUUCUUCUCUCGUUCACCUUUACUUCAUUUGCCUUCCCUUUUUCUUCUUCUUUUUCUCUUCUUCCUUCAAUUUUCGCCCCUCCUUAUAUCCUUCUACUCAGUUCUUUUCACUUCAUCUGUUCUCCUUUAUUUCUCUUUUCUCUUCAAUUUUCCUCACACUUCUUGUUCUGCCUCUUUUCUUCUUCUCUUUACUUCCUCCACUCCAACGUCUAUUCCUUCUUUCUUUCUUUCCUUACCCCCUUUUUAUAUUUCAAUAAAAGAUAUUGAUCCAUUGGUCAAUCUAUUUUAUUUUUUUGUCGUCGGAUCCAACAUUUCUCGAUUUUCACCGCCAUAUUUGCAUUCGUGUUUUCUUCCUUUUUUGUUACUCGUUUCUUUGCAUACAACAUUUUUCCUUCAUUCCAAUCUUUUUUCACUUCGAUUUUCUUUCUUUUUCAUUCUAUUUCUUGCUUUUUCUUAUUUUUAUAUAUUUAUUUUUUUCACUGUUCUUCAUUUUUGUUUAAAUCUUUUCUUCUUGAGUGUUUUUUUUUCUCUCUUUCGAUUUAGUUUUGCGUUCCACUUUAUUUCUUAUUUUUUUCUUUCUUUUUUCUUUAUUUUCAAUUCGGAUUUUGGGAAGGUCUCACUCUUUAAAAUAUUUCUUUCUUUCUUUCUUUCUUUCUUUAUUGCUUUCUUUUCUUCUUUCUUUCUUUCCUUGUCUCACUCUUUAAAAUAUUUCUCUCUGCUUCUUUCUUUCUUUCUUUCUUUCACCUUUUUUCUGUCUUUCUUUCUUUCUUUCUGUCUUUCUUUCCUCUUUCAUUCAUUCUUUUUUCUUUCAUUCUUUCUUUCUUUCUUUCUGUUUUGCUUGCUUCUUUCUUUCUCUCUUUCUUUCUUUCUUUCUUUCUCAGGCUACUUUCUUUGUAAGAGUUCUUUCUUUCUAAAAGACCUUCUUUCUUUCUUUCUUUCUUUCUUUCUUUCUUUCUUUCUUUGUUCUUUCAUUCAUUCUUUGUCCUUUCAUUCUUUCUUUCUGUUUUGCUUGCUUUUUUCUCUUUCUUUCUUUCUUUCUUUCUCAGGCUACUUUUUUUGUAAGAGUUCUUUCUUUCUAAAAGACCUUUUUUCUGUCUUUCUUUCAUUCUUUCUUUCUUUCCUCUUUCAUUCAUUCUUUGUUCUUUCAUUCUUUCUUUCUUUCUUUCUUUCUUUCUUUCUUUCUUUCUUUCUUUCUAAAAUACAUUUUUUCUGUCUUUCUUUCUUUCUUUCUUUCUUUCUUUCUUCUUUCAUUCAUUCUUUGUUCUUUCAUUCUUUCUUUCUGUUUUGCUUGCUUCUUUCUUUCUUUCUCUCUUUCUUUCUUUCUUUCUUUCUUUCUCUCUUAGGCUACUUUUUUUGCCUUCCUUCCUUCCUCUCUCCCUUCCUUCCUUCCUUCCUUCCUUCCUUCCUUCCUUCCUUCCUCUCUUUAUUUCUUUCUCAUUUUUUUUUCAUAAAAUAUCUUUUUCUUUUUUGUUCUUUUAUUCUUUCCUUAUUCGUUCGUUCCUUUUCCUCACUUAUUUAUUCACUCCUUACUUUUUUCCCUUUUAUUUUCGAUCGUCACCCUUUCUUUUUUCUUCUCACUUGUUUUUCUCUUGGCAAUCGCACCCCCUUUUUCUUUCGUCACCCCAUACUUUUCUUUUACCCGUUCAAUCGAUCCAUUCAUCCAUCGUCAUAUCUUCCUGUCUUUGAUCCAUUCACGGUUUCUUUCUCUCUGCCUUGGAGUUAUUUUCAGACUGCUCUUUCUCCAAUGUUUUCUAUCGAUUUGACCGUCUCGUUCUUCCAGUCUAUAUACCACGGCCUCUUCUUGCCUUCCAAACAACACCAAUCAUUCUUAUUUAUUCAAACAACCACUCAGCUAUCUCCCCACCAAACUUUUACAUGCUACCUUAUAAAGAAAACUUAUCUCCUCCCGCUUCUCCUCCCCAAGAUCCAUCAUCGUUUAUUCCAUCCACUUCCUGGUCCUCUCACUAUUUCAUUGGCGCUUGCAAAUUCUUCAGCGUUUUUUUUCAUCUUUCUUUCUUUCUUUCUUUCUUUCUUUCUUUCUUUCCGUCCUGGUGUUCACUUUCUAAAAGCUCAAACUCUUUCUUUCUUUCUUUCUUUCUUUCUGUCUUUCUUUCUUUCUUUCUUUCUUCGUAAGAGUUCAUUCUUUCUCACACUCUUUCUUUCUUUCUUUCUUUCUUUCUUUCUUUGUAAGAGUUCAUUUUUUGUAAAAGCUCACCUCUUUCUUUCUUUCUUUCUUUCUUUCUUUCUUUGUAAGAGUUCAUUUUUUGUAAAAUCUCACACUAUUUCUUUCUUUCUUUCUUUCUUUCUUUCUUUCUUUGUAAGAGUUCAUUUUUUUAAAGCUCACACUCUUUCUUUCUUUCUUUCUUUCUUUCUUUCUCAAACUCUUUCUUUCUUUCUUUCUUUCUUUCUUUCUUUCUUUCUUUGUAAGAGUUCAUUUUU